UCUAGUGUCUGUAGACAAGAUGGAAUCAACUCCAUUCAAUAGACGGCAAUGGACAUCAACGUCAUUGAGGGUAACAGCCAAAGAACUUUCUCUUGUUAACAAGAACAAGUCAUCGGCUAUUGUAGAAAUAUUCUCCAAGUACCAGAAAGCAGCUGAAGAAGCAAAUAUGGAAAAGAGGAGAAAUAACACUGAAAAUUUCCCCCAACACUUCAGAAGGGGGACCCUGACUGUGCUGAAGAAGAAGUGGGAGAACCCAGGGCUGGGAGCUGAGUCACACACGGACUCUCUACGAAACAGCAGCACUGAGAUUAGGCACGGCGUCGACCACCCUCCCGCCGAAGAGGCAAGCAACUCUGCCACAGAAGCUGAAGCUCACCAAGAGGAACGAAGCCACACCAGAUCAAGAUUUGGCUCACCUCCUGAAGCCCUCACUCGGUGCCGGUAUCCCUCCAUCAAGGACAGUGAGGAUCUUCAAGACCCCUCUACAGAGAGUGAAAAAAUGGAAAAUUGUCUAGGAGAAUCCAGGCACGAAGUAGGAAAACCUGAAAUCAGUGAAAACACAGAUGCUACAAGCAAAAUAGAGAAAUAUAAUGUUCCACUGAACAGGCUUAAGAUGAUGUUUGAGAAAGGUGAAUCAACGCAAACCAAGAUUCUUCAAGCCCAGAGCCGAGGUGCAGGUGGAAGAAGAAUUUCUGAAAACAGCUAUUCUUUCGAUGACUUGGAAAUCGGCCCAGGUCAGUUGUCAUCGUCUGCAUUCAACUCAGAGAAAAGUGAGAGUAGGCGAAAUCUGGAGCUCCCACGCCUGUCAGAAACCUCCAUAAAAGAUCGAAUGGCCAAAUACCAGGCAGCUGUGUCCAAACAAAGCAGUUCCAUCAACUAUCCAAAUGACUUGAGAGCCAGUGGUGGUGAAAUCAAAGCUCAUAAAUUGGAGCAAAAGGAGAAUGUGCCUCCGGGCCCUGAGAUCUGCAUCUCCCAUCAGGAUGGAGAAAAGGUUUGUGCAACUGAGAAUAGUCUGGCAUUCCGUUCCUCUCCUGCUGAAGAUGACUCCCGUAAUUCCCAGGUUAAGAAUGAGAUCCAGCAGCCUAUCCAGCCCAAACAGCUAAGUCCAGAUGCCAGAGCCUCCAGCCUUUCUGAAAAUUCUCCACCCAAAGCAGCCAAGAAGUUUCAGCCACCAGUGAGAGAGACCUGUGUGGAAUGUCAGAAGACAGUCUACCCGAUGGAGCGUCUCUUAGCCAACCAACAGGUGUUUCACCUCAGCUGCUUCCGUUGCUCCUAUUGCAACAACAAACUUAGUCUUGGAACCUAUGCAUCUUUACAUGGAAGAAUCUAUUGCAAGCCUCACUUUAAUCAGCUCUUUAAAUCUAAAGGCAACUAUGAUGAAGGUUUUGGGCACAGACCACACAAGGAUCUAUGGGCAACUAAAAAUGAAAAUGAAGAAACUUUGGAGAGACCAGUCCAGCUUCUUAAUGCAGGAGAGACUCCUCAGAGCCCAGGAGUAGAAGAUGCCCCUAUUGCUAAGGUGGGUGUGCUGGCAGCAAGUAUGGAAGCCAAGGCUUCCUCUCAGCGGGAGAAGGAAGACAAGCCGGCCGAAACCAAGAAGUUGAGGAUUGCCUGGCCACCACCGACUGAACUUGGCAGUUCAGGAAGUGCUUUGGAGGAAGGGAUCAAAGUGUCCAAACCUAAAUGGCCUCCUGAGGAUGAAAGCAGCAAGCCUGAAGCUCCUGAGGAUGUAGAUCUGGAUCUGAAGAAGCUAAGACGAUCUUCUUCGCUCAAGGAAAGAAGCCGCCCAUUCACUGUUGCAGCUUCAUUUCGAACCACUUCGGUCAAGAGUCCCAAAACCUUGUCACCUCCUAUCAGGAAAGGCUGGAGCAUGUCAGAGCAAAGUGAGGAGUUUGUAGGAGGAAUAGCAGUAGAAAGGAAACAUGUGGAAAAUGCCAAAGCCUUGGAGAAGAAUGCAGGUACAGGAAAAACAACCACCUGGCAAAACAGGGAAUCUGAAGGAAGAGAGUCAGGAAGGAGAAGUAAGGAAGUUCAUGGUUUUGAGCUAGGGAAUGAGAAUCUUGUAGAAAAUGGUGCAAACUUAGAUGAAGAUGAUGGAACCCUUCUCAAACAAGAGUCUCCUAUAGAACCCAAGUCUCCAAAUUGGUCCAGCUUUGUAGACAACACCUCCACCAAAGAAUUCACUGCUCAGAAUCAGAAAUCCCAGGACAUGGGAUUCUGGGAGGAAGAAGUGGUCAAAAACCUAUCUGUGGAAGAACAGAUAAAACGAAAUCGGUACUACGAUGAGGAUGAGGAUGAGGAAUGAUAAAUUGCAGUGGUGCUGGGCCUUGAAUUGGGGUUAGUGUUAGUGAGCCUCUCUGCCCUU